AUGAGUGAUAGUGGAUUAUUGAGGAAUUUUAUAUUGACAACACUAGCUGAUCAGCUCAAAAUUAAGAAGAUAGUAUUGGGAAAACCUGUCAUCUUGCAUCUGGCUAUACAGGACUCAAGGUCUUGCAUAAAUUCUGAGACAAAAGCAACACUGAUUGUCUAA